CAAACAAGCGUAUACGCAUUCCCGCGCUCCGAAUGUUUACGUUAUUAUACGGAAAAAUGUUUUCCACAGAUUAUACAAAGUUAUUUUUAUGAGUGAAAAAAAAUACUGGCCUCUUCUAGUUUGGAUGCGCUUGAAAGCAGUGCGGUUUUGAAAUUGGAAUCGAGUUGCCGCGGUUUUCUGUUUUCAACUUGUGACGUUCCUUUUCAAGUUUUAUUUGUUCAGUUAGUUUUGAGUGUUCGCGGUGUGGUUAACUGUGUUUUUAUUUGUUUCUUGUGAAGUUUAUUUUUUUUAUCAAGAAACGGAACGUUUGCUACAAUUAAGUUGUUAAUCGACGCAUGGCGAGUGGCCACCAUGUCGGGUAUGACGGGCGCCAGCAUGCUGCGCACGCGCAGGAAAGAUGUCAACGUCAAGCCCAACCGGAAGUUGGACCGCAAGUCUUCCCGGGGCAUGCUUUACGAGAACGAGGAGCUGCGUCUGCGCACCAUUAACAUCAAUGCAGAAGUCGAACGAGGUCAAUCAGACAUCAAGAAAUUGAAGCGGGAGAACGAGCAACUGAAGAGGGAGAUAUCAGCGCUGAGAUACGAGUACGAUCGGCUGGACAGCAUGCUGCGGGAGCGGAGGUCCUCGCCCGACCACUCGGACGACAGCGCGUCUGUGUGCAGUGCGUGUCCAGAGUGCGCAAGCGCUGACGGGUCGGCGCGCGCGGUCGCCUUCCACGACCUCAGCGUGGUGCCUGAGGAGGGGGAACAAGAAGGGAAUAAGAGCGGUGUCGAAUCUCCAUGUAUGUGUGAAGAGUGCCAGGAAGAAACGAAGUCUGAUACCAAAAAAACUCCAAUCAUGCCUCAAACCAACCCUUCUAUACGAGCACCCACCCAAUGUGGACAGGAAAGAUCUGUCGAUGUGCUGAUACACGACGCGCCACCAGAUCCGCCCAGAUUCUUCGAAUCAGUCACGUCUCCGCCUUACCACGUCGCCAGCCCACCACCUCCAGGAUUCGUCAUAGCUCCUUACCAACCACCAAGGUUUCACACGGGAGGCAAUGUCGAAGAUUUACUCGGAGAUGUCCAAUCAGCACCAACACUGCAAACCACCUUCAUACAACAGAACUCCGUCUUCAUGUGCAACACUCGGAAAGUCAUGCAAAGGCAAUGCUGCUGUCAGAAACGAGAACAGAAUAUUCCACCUCCACCACCACCUCCCAUGCAAAAUGGAGAAGAAACGACGCCAAAGUCUUAUGUCACCGAAAAGAAUAUUGAGUUGACUUACGAUUAUCCAAAGUCAACACCGGUCCCGAGCAAUUCUAGCCCCAAAUCCGAUGAUGUCACCACGACGACUGAAGUUGCGAGCACGGUGGUUUUCGUCGAAAGAAGAAUACCAGUGAAACCAAAGAAGUUUGACUUUUUCUUCAGAUCUCGAUCUGCUCCGGUAGGCGACAACGAAGAGCCGAUUUACGCAACAGUAAACAAACUACCAAAAAGAUUAAGAAGGAUGGAGCUAGCUAAUUUAGAAAAAGAAGUGGCGUAUAAAACUGGAGAGCCCGAUUCUUCCACUCGUACUGAGUUGACUCUAAAAACCGAUUCUGAAUCUCAAAUUCCUCCUCCUGAUGAUGAUACGAGCAGAUCUGAAAGGGAAAAAUCGACGGUUCCAAAAAGGCCAGAUUCGCCUAAAGCUAAGAAACGGAAACGUUUCUCUUUGACAUUUAAGAAGAGGGAAAGGAAAAGAAGGGAAAAGAAGAAAGAACCUAAAAAGGAACACAAGAACGGAGUGCCGAAAAAUGGGUUGCCCGUACACGUGGAGAGUGACAAUGAGAGGUUAAUAGAGGAAGUCCACGAUUUAGGGAAGCCCAAACACUGCAGCAGACAUCGGCCGAGAAACACUUUGUCGUCCUCCAGCUCUGGCCCGCGGUACAAGCGGGAUAGCUAUCAGGAAAUGACGACAUCACACUCGGAACACGAGCGAACCAACAGCGUGUGUUCGUCUGUCAACUCGUUGGCUUCCGCCUGCACCCACAAGUCCAGGAAACUGUCAGCUCCUGUCAAUGAUGGCUCCAUACCCUGGUGCGGCUGCUGGGGCGCUGGAUGUGUUUGACUUCUAUGACACGAACAUUGACUUAGCCAAUAGAUUCUGGACAGUCUGGCCUCAGUUUUACGAGCGAACUAGCUGUGUAUACUCAUCUUUUUACUCCUUAGCUUCGGCCUGAGCUGAUAAGUCCAGGAAACUGUCAGCUCCUGUCAAAGAUGGUCCUCCAUACAAUGAUGCGGCUGUUGAAGCGCUGGAUGUUCUUCUUUAUCAAGUGCAAUCUCCAAAUAAUCCUCGUCUAUGGUAUGUACUGACGAGACCAAGAAACUUUCAGAUCCUGUCAAUGAUGACUCCAUAUCCUAAGUCAUUUAACGGAUUGACUAUGCCGCUGUAUUCCGCACAAUGUGUGCAUGAAAAGAAUUGGUGCAAUGUUGAUUAAUAACAGAUCCAAUGGUUUGUUAAACAAUACGAAAUGUUGAUGCCCUUUGUGUCGUUUCAGAUAAUAUUGAAAGAAUACAUAAGAGCAGUCAUACAUACAUACAUACAUAAAAACACGACUCUUUCCCGGGGGGGUAGGCAGAGACUAUCUCUUUCCACUUGCCACGAUCUCUGCAUACUUCCUUCGCUUCAUCCACAUUCAUAACUCUCUUCAUGCAAGCUCGGCGGUCAAGAGCAGUCAUAACAGCCUAAAAUUUUACUUUCUGUUUCAGACACAGUAUAUGUUACACUUCAGUAACAUAAUAUAGUUUUAACCGUAUGGUAGAAAUAUAGAGGCUAUAAACUAUAGUAAUUUAUUUCAACUUACGCCAAUAAGUCAAUUAAUUCUCAAAUACUAAGUAGAUAUUAUGAUUAUUAAAGUCUAUAUAAUCAAAAAUCAACAGGAAUAAUAUGAACAUAUCAAUGUUAUUACGUAAUUGUUUGAAACAGUAUCAAUGUGCUUAAAUAUCUUAGAUUUAUAAUGUGCAUCUUAUUUAAUAGCAUAACGAUAUAACAAACAUAAACUGUGAUUUUAUUAGUAUGUGCUGUUGUAUAAUUUUAACGUGUAUGUUAUAUGGAGAUUAAAAUUUUAUAUGUAGUUUACUUUUUGUUUAAAUACUUAUCGAUGCUCUAUUGCGACGGAAUAGCAUCGUGAGGAAACCUGUACAUUCAGGAAACUGGAUGUGACCCAAUAUCCAAUAUGGGUCAGGUUCCCCUGCAAGGUUACGGAAGUCACAAUAAGGGAUAGGCUAAUAAACUUGGGAUUCUUCUUGUAGGCGCGAACUAAACUGUUCGGUAUUAUGAGCGAGACAGCAGGAAAAAUUAUGUUUUUG